UGAUUUACGCAGUGAAGUUAUGUCGGUUUGUUUACCUGUACGCUUUGGUAGCCAUGACGUCAUCAAAGAGCUCUACGGGGGCUGCAGUCAGCGCCAUCUAUGAGAGCCGAGAAGGGACCCACCUGGGAAUCAUUGACCGACCAUGUCGUAGCGGUUUCAAGACAGAAUGUAAUGAAUAUGAAGCACGAACUCUGAGUUCAGAAACUUCUAUCUAUGGGGCUUUACAGCAGGAGGGAAUAGUGGCGCCCUUAUUGAAUUCCCACUGGAAUGAUAAAUUCCUGAUGAGGCCGGAAAAGACGGAAGGAAUAGGGUCUUCAUUACCCAAAGGUGUAGACGAGCCUCUUGGGGAAAUUCUCCAAGAUGUUUUUGACGAGUAUUUGAGAGAAUGCUCGGUAGUCUUGACAUAUGACCUGACCUUCAAGGAUUCCUUUGCUUUGGACGUCAUUCUACAUCUUCCCAGCCCAAAGCAGAUUAUCGAAGUGGAGUCGAGGGAGAACUUCAAGGACAUCGCCUUCGGAGGCGAAUGGACCUGCAGGGCGUACGUGUUCCUCCUCCGCAGGCUGGACGUCCUCAUCGACUUCGCAAACACGGACGAAGGCGAUUGGGACUUCGACGGGAAGUAA